AUGCAUCCUCUUCAUCCUGAGUGGACCGCAUUUGUUACACAGAACCCGAACAUCAUCCAUGACGACGACCAACGCAAUGGAGAUUUUCUUUCCUCCGUAGAUGGCCAUAAUCUUGCCACUCAGGUACUUACGACCGACACCACUAUUCCAUGUCGUGAUGAUCACCAGAUACCUGUCCGAAUCUAUACGGCAAAGGAGACUCAACCUGCACGCGGCGUCGUCAUUUUCUUUCACUCCGGCGCCUUUAGGCAUGGCUCUCUUGAGACAGAAGACGUCUCAUGCCGGUACAUGGCCCUGGGUGGUCCCAUCACGGUAAUCAGCGUCGAGUAUCGACUCUGCCCAGCAUAUCCGUACCCUAUCCCGAUCAACGAUGGGUGGGAUGCGUUCCAGUAUAUUGUCACUGCACUUCCCAGCCUAGUGCCUAGGCAUACCGAGCCAGUGAAUUUAGUCAUCAGCGGGACUUCCUCAGGCGGGCAGCUUGCAGCAAUCGUCUCGCAACGAGCCCGGGACUGGUUCAAAGAAGUGGAAAAUGCAGCCAUCCCUGCAAAGAUAACGUUGAGCGGAGUCUUGCUCAGGGCCCCAGUGACUGUUCGUGGAACAAAUGCAGCAUUCAUACCUCCCCGGUUCAGAGACAUGCAUCAUUCGUGGUCUGUAGACUUCGAGACACCCGGCCUCGAUAGGCCUGAUAUGGAGCAAAGCCAUGAUGUACUUGGAGUACCACCCGAGGACAGAAGCUGCCCUGACGCCUACCCGCUAUGGGGCGAUUUCAAUGGUUUACCAAGGACAUAUAUCCAGAUCUGUGAUGUAGAUAUUCUGCGUGAUGACGCGGUGUGCUACUCGCGCGGCUUACAAGAGGUUGGAGUGGACGUACACGAGUCACUUUACAAGGGCCUUCCGCAUAUUUUCUGGAUAUAUGGCCACCAUCUGGAUGUUUCCAAGAAGGCGCAAGAAGACUGCGUGCAGGGAUUGAAAUGGCUCCUAGGACUCGGUGGAUGA